UCCGGUGUUAGAAAGUUAGGGUUUAAGGUCGCUUGUGGGCGAGUGGCAGCGCUCGGAAGUUAGCAAGUUUCCUCGGAAGAAAAGGAGAACGUGGGACGAACUUUUCUACUCUCCAUGUAUAUCAUGGGAACUUCUUGGGAGUUUUCAUGAACUUGUUGAUUACAAUAUCAUUGAAACAGCAAAAAUCGAUAACUGCAACUAGCUACUUUUGCUUCCCAUCCAUAAAGGUGCUAGCUUUGAAGGCUUCGAUAGGAGUGGCAGUAAGGAGCGAAAAGAAGAGCAGUUUGGUUGAGCGGGGAGAAGAAAGGAGAGAGGCAAUGGCAGCUGAGCUCGAUGAAUUAACCGUCGUCAAGGAAGGAGAGGCUGAGAUUCUUAUGCAUGCUAAAAAUGAAGUCUUCUAUAACAAGACCCAGGUCAACAAUCGUGAUAUAUCAAUUGCUGUGCUGAGGACAUUUAUAUCCAAACGCAAGGAAGAGCAUGAAGCCAAGCUGUCCAAAAGAACCAAGUCUGCAGCUAAGGUUUCUGAAAGUGGUGCUGCUGAGUCUGCUGUUAAUGAAGAGAAAUGCAAUGGAAACACUAAAGUCCCUAAAGAGACUUCUGAAGUCGCUGAAAAGACUUCUACAGCUGAACCUUGCACCACCUUUGAAGAAAUGGUGAAGACCGCCGAGGGAAAAGUUAGAGUGGAGCUAAAACCUCCCAGGGUUCUUGAGGCUCUGUCAGCAUCCGGUUUAAGAGCUCUGAGGUAUGCUCGUGAAAUUGAAGGGAUUGGUCAAAUUGUGGCUUUGGACAAUGAUAAAGCUUCAGUUGAAGCCUGCAGGAGAAAUAUAAAGUUCAAUGGUUCUGUGGCAAUUUCCAAGGUGGAAUCCAAUCUUGCUGAUGCUCGUGUAUACAUGUUGACUCAUCCAAAAGAGUUUGAUGUGGUUGAUCUUGAUCCUUACGGGUCACCUUCAGUGUUUCUGGACUCUGCUGUUCAGUCAGUUGCUGAUGGUGGCAUUCUAAUGUGCACAGCAACUGAUAUGGCAGUGCUUUGUGGAGGUAAUGGUGAGGUUUGCUAUUCCAAGUACGGUUCCUACCCAUUGAGGGGAAAAUAUUGCCAUGAAAUGGCUCUGAGGAUCCUACUUGCUUCGAUUGAGAGCCAUGCAAAUCGAUACAAGCGUUACAUUUUUCCUGUUCUAUCAGUACAGAUGGACUUCUAUGUAAGGGUUUUUGUUCGCGUCUAUACUUCAGCCGGUGCGAUGAAGAAUACUCCUCUCAAGCUAUCUUAUGUUUACCAAUGCAUUGGAUGUGACUCUUUCCAUCUUCAACCUAUUGGAAGGACCUUUGCCAAGAAUAACAGCGUAAGGUAUAUGCCUGGUUUUGGCCCCGCUGUACCUCAAGAAUGUACAGACUGUGGGAAGAAAUUCAACAUGGGUGGUCCUGUUUGGUCUGCUCCAAUUCAUGAUCCAGAAUGGGUAGCCUCUAUACUUGAAGAUGUAAAAUCUAUGAAGGACCGGUACCCUGCAUAUGAGCGCAUAUCUGCGGUACUGACAACAAUCUCAGAGGAACUGCCAGAUGUCCCUCUCUUUUUGAGCUUGCACAAUCUGUGUGCUACCCUAAAGUGCACUUCCCCGUCUGCAGUCAUCUUCCGCUCUGCUGUGAUAAACGCAGGGUAUCGUAUAUCAGGAACUCACGUCAACCCUCUGGGGUUAAAAUCCGAUGCACCAAUGGAUGUCAUUUGGGAUAUAAUGAGAUGCUGGGUUAAAAACCAUCCAGUGAAAGCUCAGGCACUCGAUCAGGCUGGAAGCGUAAUUCUUGCCAAAGAACCAGUUCUGCAAGCAAACUUUGCUCGAGCUGUUGCGUCUCUCAGCAAGGCGCAGGCAAAGAAAGUUGCUCGCUUUCUCCCUAAUCCAGAGAGGCACUGGGGCCCCAAAGUCAAGGCGGGUCGUAUUAUUACCAGCAAGCACAUUUCCCUUCUGGGACCAGAGGCUGUGAAUGGAUACCUCAGCCAUGAGAAUGGUGGUGAUGAAGAAGGGCCGGAAACGAAGCGUGUGAAAACAGAGGAAGAAGUGGAAGAUCCUACUCCGGAGGUUUCAUAGUGGUCAAGCAGCUGGUAUUUAUGUCCCUUGUUUGUGGAAAUUCGUUCCCAGCAUCCGAAAGAAACGGUGGCAAUUUUGAUUUACUUGGGUUGGGUUGUUCUUCACGUAGUGGUUUUACAUUUUGUGUUAUUUUUUCUACCAUUCUUUUUCUUUUUGGUUAAUAAACUCUAUUGGAUUUCUAGCAAGGUUCGUGACUUCUCUUUGUCAUUUUAGGAAACGGGACAAGAUAGGAUGUGGAAUUGUAAAAUGCGAAAUGGGCUUCCUAAGAUGACCAAUGUAUCCUAACAUCCAUUCAUGUGCUGAACUUAGAGCUGGAAUAUCUAUAAUUAAUCAAAUCAAGCGGGGUAAAGAUA